AUGAGUGUAUACAUCUCAUUGAAUCAAAAUACAGAAGUCCAAAAGAAUGCCAAAUUGAAACCCUCGCUGAAAUCAUACUCUUCCUUCGAUAAUGCUAUACGUAAUGACUCAAAAUUGGGCCACACGAGAUCGCUAUCAAACAUAUCUACGAUCUCAUCUCUAAGUACAGCUUCAUCUUUGAAAAAUGUACGAUUUGCUACUAAUCUGACGACGGUCAAGAGCUUUGACUCGAACUCGGAACCGAUUUCUAUAUCUCAUGAAAACUCGCCCACUUUGAAACCACUAAGAGAAUCCGAAAGCUCUAAUGUAAGCUCUACAUCAUUGAACAACGUGUUGUAUCUAAGUGACUAUGACGAUUUCACUAAACACCAGGACUUGAACUUCCUUGGGAUUAAAUCCAAGUCAACUAUAAGUUUCUUCCUGGAUGACGAAGAAGAUGACGAAGAAGAUGACGGCAUACACGAUGAUGACCUCAAGAACUUCUUCGGUAAGAUUUUCCCUGCUGCUUAUAAUGUUAAUACAAGUAACAAGAAUCUGGGACCACCGGAUUGCUCAAAUACGAAUCAACAAAGAGCUGGUCUCCUUGAUUCAAAUAAUAGCAGUACAUGUAAAAUAAUUCCAAAUUUUAGUACCAAUGUAUGCCAAACAGAUAAUAGUGCAGGUCACUAUUUCAAUGAUCUCAAUGGUAGUACAAACAAUCAAGCUCAGACAUCACGUCGCACUUCAAUCACACAUGUAGCAGAUGAUAACCUUCAAAACUGUGAACUGGCUUCAGAAGUUAAUUGGUUAUUGACUUUCGUUGACGUGAAUCCAGGUCAACAUAGUUUUGAGAACAGCGAUGGUAACAUCAAACUAGUAAGCUUAGCCCAGGACUCCACCAUUGAUGAUAAAAUAGUAGGCAAGAUCCUAGUAAAAAAUUUAAACUACGAAAAGUUUAUUGAAGUCAAAUAUACUUUCAAUAAUUGGAACGACAUUCACUACAUUACUGCAUAUUUCACUAAAUCGAUUUCCGCGGAGAUCGAUGAAUUUGAAUUCAAGAUAAAUCUAAGCUCUUUGAAAUAUAUCUUGCAAUUCAAACGCAUUUUGCAAUUCAAAUCAAACGAUACUUAUCUAAACAUGGAACUGUGUUGCCGCUAUGAUGUAAAUGGCGAAACCUACUAUGACAAUAACAACUACAGAAACUAUAACUGCGUACUAAAGGCCAGUAAAGAGCACACCAUCGCUAACGAUGUAAUUGUAACCGCCGAGGAACAGGAGAAAAAGGAACUCGCUAGAAAGGAAUCCCCUAAAAAAAUCAGCCAAAAUAAGAAAUCAAGUUCACCUUCUAGAAAUAAUUACUCUAAAAACUUUUUAAAGAGCAGGAGAAGAGUAAUAUCCAGAAAGUUCAGUGAAAACACUGACUACUAUAACACUUCGCCAUUGAAACAUUUAUACCAUAGUGACCCUACUAGCUACAUAAAGCCGAAGAGACUCAAUGAAGUCCUAUACGAUUCAACAUCUACUAUCCCCACCGAUCUGAACCAAAGAAUUGGAAUAAAUGCCACCUGCCAAUCCUUACAUGAGCCGCUCACAGAGAGAGAAAGAUUCAUAUCCGAAUUUGAUUACGCAAAUCUUAAUGAUUCCAUGGACACGUUAACCACUGUUAACUUAAUGAACCAUUCAAUUGCUAAUAUUGAGUUAAAUAGUGAACCUGUUGAACCUAUCGUGCCCUCAAUAACUAAUAAGAUAGAGGAAAACAUUUCCAAUAAUCCAAUCUUACAAGAGGUAACUGAUCCAAUAACUGAGAGUUUUAAUGAACCAAUUACUAUAGAACCCGUUAGAUCUAAUGAGAAUGAGGUUUCUGAUGACAAGCAAAGCGUAGUGACGGACACUACAAUAGAUAUUGAAGCUUUGAAAUUGUCAGGUGAAUCACCAAUUUCUUUUAGAACUGUGGAUUCACCGAUCGAGUAUUAUGACUGCUAUAGCACUUCCAACAACUCCGUAGAAACGAUAACAAAACCCACACCUGCUAGUCCAAGUGGUCUAACUGCUAAGGAUCUGAGAAGCAUAGACGCCCCCAAGUCCUUCCAAGAUUCAAUAUCAACUUCAUAUAACAUUCCUAUGGAAAACUCAGAACCGGAAGACGACCUUUCUGAUCGUACAACUACUAUUGAAUCGACUGAGGACCCUGUAUUUAAUACCAAGUGGGAUAAUAUCGUUGUAGAUACUGAACUUGAAGAUACAGGAAAUCAAAUAUUGUUACCAGAAGUGGCUAAUUCAUCUCAAGAAGCUAAGGACACAGAGACUUCUAGGAAAUCUGAUACCGACCAAGCUCCUCAUAGUCCAGAUACAGAUUAUCAGAAAUUUUUGAACUCAAACUAUUUUUGUAGACCCUCAUCGUCAUCUUCAUCUGUUUCCACCACAGACUCAUCUUCCUCUUCAUCAACAUCUAUUUUAACAGAUAAUGCAAGCAGUUUAGCUAGUGUUCCAUCUAGCAUUACCACAUCUGACAGUGAACUUUCUUCGUUUAUAUUUAAUAAAGCCACUAUUAAUGCGAAAGUACAAGGUAAGCUGGCAGGCUCUACUCAAUUAUAUUCUAACCUGAUCUUCCCUCUUUCUGAUAGUCAUGAAGCAAGGCCAAUAAAUCGUAUAAGAACAGGGAGAUAUUCACUGGAAGAAAACAAGAUACUAAGUCAGUUUGCAAAUGAAAGACCAGCCAAUCAUGAUACAGAUGUCAUGAAUACUACUUUAGUUAAUUCCGGCAACUAA